CAUGCGCCGUCCCAGCCGAAGUCCAUCUCGGACGUCUCUUGGCGCAUGCUCCGCCCAGCUUGAGGGAAAGAAGCGAAGAAGAUGGCGGCCUCCUCUGUUUGCCGGGUCGGCGGUGCCGCUGCCAGGGCCCUUUUCCGCGUUCGCCGCUCGCCUUCUCUAUUAAAGCUGCCCGCAACUCGUAGUGCAGCUACCUUUGUUCAGACUCUCCAGAACAUUCCAGCAACCCAGGUCACCACGCUGGACAAUGGGCUCCGGGUGGCUUCUGAGGACUCCAACCAGCCUACCUGUACAGUGGGAGUUUGGAUAGAUGUUGGCAGCCGUUAUGAAAAUGAAAACAACAAUGGAACUGCUUACUUCGUGGAACACUUGGCAUUUAAGGGUACAAAGAAUCGUCCUGGAAAAGCAUUGGAAGAAGAAAUAGAGAGAAUGGGUGCCCAUCUAAAUGCCUACACUACUCGGGAACAUACCGCAUACUAUAUCAAAGCCCUGAGCAAAGACCUUCCUAAAGCUGUUGAAAUCUUGGGUGACAUCGUGCAGAACUGCAGCUUGGAGGACUCCCAGAUUGAGAAGGAACGAAGUGUGAUUCUUCAAGAAAUGCAGGAGAAUGACAGCUCCUUGCGGGAUGUGGUAUUUGACUAUCUUCAUGCCACUGCUUACCAAGGCACUCCCCUUGCCCAGGCUGUGGAAGGACCCAGUGCGAAUGCCAAAAAACUGUCCAGGCAAGACUUGGCUGAUUUUAUUGAGACUUAUUACAAGGCCCCUCGAAUGGUGCUGGCUGCUGCAGGAGGCGUGGAGCACAAGCAGCUAGUGGACCUUGCUGAGAAGCAUUUUGGCAGCCUCUCCAAGACAUAUGCUGACGAUGCUGUGCCUCUCCCUUCAUCCUGCCGCUUCACAGGCAGUGAGAUUCGUCACCGGGAUGAUGGUUUGCCUCUGGCUCAUGUGGCUCUGGCAGUGGAGGGCCCCGGCUGGGCCAACCCUGAUAACAUCGCCCUCUCUGUGGCCAACUCCAUCAUUGGUCACUAUGACUGCACCUAUGGAGGGGGUGUGCACCAGUCCAGUCCUUUGGCCGCUGUGUCGGUGGCGAACAAGCUCUGCCAGAGCUUCCAGACCUUCAACAUCUGCUACUCGGAAACCGGCCUGUUUGGCAUCCAUUUUGUCACUGACAAAAUGAACAUAGACGACAUGGUGUUCUUCCUUCAGGGCCAGUGGACGCGUCUGUGCACCAGUGCCACCGAGAGCGAGGUGAUGAGGGGCAAAAACAUCCUGAGGAACGCGCUGGUCUCUCAUCUGGACGGUACCACCCCUGUGUGUGAAGACAUUGGACGUAGCCUGCUGACAUAUGGCCGCCGUAUCCCUUUGUCUGAAUGGGAGAGGAGGAUUUCGGAGAUCGACGCCAGUGUCAUAAGGAACGUCUGCUCCAAAUACCUGUAUGACCAGUGCCCUGCAGUGGCUGCAGUAGGUCCCAUCGAGCAACUCCCUGACUACAACCGGAUCCGCAGCGGCAUGUUCUGGCUGCGAUUCUAGGGCCCACGCCCAGGGCAGGGUAGGAGUGGCAAGAUCCAGGGCCUGGAGGGGCUCCUCGGCAAGGCUCCUUCCACACGCUUUGGUCUGGAAGCAGCCACCCAGCUUCUUGGGCCGCUGGGGCUGUCUCCAAUCUGUCUGAAUAAAAGUAAUUUAAGUUGAA